UAGAAGGCCGGGCGGAAGUGCCAGUGCCUUGGGCCGCCUUGGUUACAGCGUUCUCCGCCCCUGGCUGCGUCAUCGCUCUGAGCCCGCUUGUUAGCGGCCAGCGCGGGCGCCGCCCGAGACCGUGGGGCUCCGGUUGCCGCCCCCUCAGGAGCCACCAUGUUGGUGAUACCCCCCGGACUGAGCGAGGAGGAAGAGGCCCUGCAGAAGAAAUUCAACAAACUCAAGAAAAAGAAAAAGGCAUUGCUCGCUCUGAAGAAGCAAAGUAGCAGCAGCACAGCCAGCCAAGGCGGUGUCAAACGCUCACUGUCGGAGCAGCCUGUGGUGGACACGGCCACGGCCACUGAGCAGGCAAAGCAGCUGGUGAAGUCAGGAGCCAUCAGUGCCAUCAAGGCUGAGACCAAGAACUCAGGAUUCAAACGUUCUCGAACCUUAGAGGGGAAGUUGAAGGACCCUGAGAAGGGGCCUGUCCCCACUUUCCAGCCAUUUCAGAGGAGCGUAUCUGCUGAUGAUGACCUGCAGGAGUCAUCCAGACGCCCCCAAAGGAAGUCUUUGUAUGAGAGCUUUGUAUCUUCCAGUGAUCGGCUCCGGGAACUAGGGCCGGAUGGAGAAGAGGCAGAGGGUCUGGGGGCUGGUGAUGGUGCCCCUCGAAGCUUUGACUGGGGCUGUGAAGAACGUGCUGGUGCCCGUUCCUCAGCCUCCCCUCCCCGAAGCCGCAGCCGGGAUCGCAGCCAUGAGAGGAACCGGGACCGAGAUCGUGAGCGAGAUCGAGACAGAGAGCGGGAUCGGGAUCGAGAUCGAGACAGAGAGCGGGAUCGGGAACGAGAUAGAGACCGAGACCAAGACAGAGACCGGGACCGGGACAGAGACCGAGAUCGGGAGCGGGACCGGGACAGGGAUCGAGACCGGGAGCGGGACCGAGAGCGAGAGGGCUCUUUCCGCAGAUCAGAUUCAUUCCCUGAACGCAGAGCCCCUCGAAAGGGGAAUACUCUGUAUGUGUAUGGAGAAGACAUGACACCCACCCUCCUCCGCGGAGCCUUCUCUCCCUUUGGAAACAUUAUUGACCUCUCCAUGGACCCACCCAGAAACUGUGCCUUCGUCACCUAUGAAAAGAUGGAGUCAGCAGAUCAGGCCGUUGCUGAGCUCAAUGGGACCCAGGUGGAGUCCGUGCAGCUCAAGGUCAACAUCGCCCGGAAGCAGCCCAUGCUGGAUGCCGCGACCGGCAAGUCUGUUUGGGGCUCCCUUGCUGUCCAGAACAGCCCUAAAGGUUGCCACCGGGACAAGAGGACGCAGAUUGUCUACAAUGAUGAUGUCUACAAGGAGAACCUUGUGGAUAGCUUCUAGGGAACGGAGCUGGAUUCCUCGUGCCUCAUAUGCCCCCACUGCUGGUCUCAGUAAAACACUGAGGUGGAAGCUCA